AUGGCGGGCGGUCUCGAGGACAAACUGUUCAUCGGCAAGCGAGCACAGGAGUACCGCGGACUGCUCAAAAUUCAGUAUCCGAUGGAGCACGGAGUGGUGACGGACUGGGAUGACAUGGAGCGGAUCUGGGGCUGGGUCUACAACGAGGGUCUGAAGGCGCUGAGCGAGGAGAUCUUCUUCGAGACGUUCAACGUCCCUGCUUUCUUCACAAGUGUCCAAGCCAUCCUGAGUCUGUGCGUCAGAAAGAUUGGGGCUCAACUAACAUCCAGGUAUUCAACUGGCCGAACAACAGGUAUUGUCCUGGACUCUGCUCUGCUCCGCAAAGCAGGUCAUUACCUGCACACAUCCGCAGAGAAGGAGGUCGUGCGCACCAUCAAGGAGAAGACAUGUUACCUUUCCCUCAACCCGAGCAAGGAGGAGAAGGAUCACGCCGGCGCUUGGGAGGAGUUCCGCCUGCCCGAUGGAAAGGUCAUCCAGCUUGGAACGGAGCGGUUCCUGGCCCCGGAGAUCCUUUUCAACCCAGAGCUCGUUGGACAAGAGUACCCUGGUGUGCACCAGGUUAUCGUCGACUCGAUCAACCGCUGCGAUAUGGACCUGAGGAAAAGCCUCUUCUCAAAUAUUGUUCUCUCCGGCGGUUCAACGCUCUGCACUGGCUUCGGUGACCGUCUACUGAACGAGGUGAAGAAGCUCGCUCUGAAGGAUGUCAAGCUGAAGAUCUACGCCCCGCCAGAACGCAAGAGGAUGUGGGUGUCGGCUGAUGAAUACAAGGAGGAUCCAGACAUCAUCCACAAGAAGGCAUUUUAG